AUGCACCUAAUAUGGCAGACAAAACUUAGACUGGACGGCGUCUUAUCAGCUGAGGGCUGCUCAGUGCGAUGUACGAAGACUUCUAUCACCGGAAGGAACUCCCCGGGUACUCCACUCCUACGUCCACCUAGCGGGUGUUCAACCCGGUUCAACUCUCGAGGCGGUAGCUCCAGUUUUCCGAUGAGUUCUAGAGGCGGUGGCCGAAGUUGGAACAGUGAUUUAUCCGACGAUUGGAGCAGACAGUUGCCUCCAAACGAACGUCUGGAGCAAGAGCUGUUCAAGAAAGUCAGCACGGGCAUUAAUUUCGAUCAGUAUGAUAACAUCCCGGUUAGCGCUACUGGUCCAGACUUUAGUGAUGAAGGGUCCACCAUAUCCUCCUUCGCAGAACUCUCCCUACAUAAAAUCAUUCGUAACAACGUCGAACUGGCUCAGUAUGAGCGACCAACCCCGGUGCAGAAGCAUGCAAUCCCUAUUAUUAUGUCCCAUCGUGACCUAAUGGCAUGCGCACAAACGGGCUCAGGAAAAACGGCAGCCUUCCUCAUUCCCAUCCUUAAUCGUAUGAUAGAAGAAGGUCCGGGUGAUUCACUGAACGCUUUUGAAACAAAUAGGAGAAAACAAUUCCCAGUCGCACUAAUUUUAGCUCCUACCCGUGAGCUAGCAUCCCAAAUCUUUGACGACGCAAGAAAAUUCGCGUACAGAUCAUGUGUUCGUCCUUGUGUUUUGUAUGGUGGCGCAGACAUGCGUUCCCAACUGAUGGAAGUUUCAAAAGGCUGUAAUUUACUGGUUGCUACACCGGGAAGACUAACAGACGUCAUAGAACGCGGUCGAAUCGGUCUGGAUCACUGCCGCUUCUUGGUUUUGGACGAGGCAGAUCGAAUGUUAGAUAUGGGAUUUGAGCCCCAAAUUCGCAAAAUAGUGGAACAAGACAAUCUUCCACCAUCAGGAACUCGUCAGACCCUUAUGUUUUCUGCUACAUUCCCCCACGAAAUACAGGUAUUAGCGAAGGACUUUUUAAGCCGAUACAUCUUCCUGGCUGUUGGACGAGUUGGUAGCACUAGCGAAAAUAUCAGUCAAAAUAUACUUUGGGUGGAAGAGAGCGCUAAACGAGAUGCUCUUGUGGACUUGCUUGCUAACUCUGAUCCUGGUAUACUGACCCUUGUGUUUGUUGAAACAAAACGAGGUGCCGACUCCCUAGAAGAUUAUCUAUUCUCUCAGAAGUUCAUGGUUGCCAGUAUCCAUGGCGAUCGAACACAAGAGGACCGCGAACUAGCACUAUCUUGUUUCCGCACCGGGAGGACACCCAUUUUGGUUGCGACAGCUGUUGCCGCUCGUGGCUUAGAUAUUCCCAACGUAAAGCACGUAAUCAACUACGAUCUUCCUUCGGACAUUGAAGAGUACGUGCAUCGCAUCGGCCGUACCGGUCGUGUCGGUAACUUAGGCAUAGCUACCUCCUUUUUCAAUGACAAGAAUAGAAACCUUGCCCGAGGUCUUGUAGAGCUGUUGGAGGAAGUCAACCAAGCUGUCCCGUCAUGGCUCAGGGCGAUGGUUGCCGAUGGUCGCCAGAUGGCCUUCCAACGAUCAAAGAACAAUCGAAGGUGA